CACAUCAACACAUGACUUCAUCUUUACCGUGUGAUUCGGGCGCAGCCACUGACUUCCAAUAAACCCUGAAUAUCAUCUUACAAGCACAGGUGCCUACAUGGGCGCUCCUAUAGGCCAACAACAGACUGGGGUGUCGAGCCCAUGUUCACAAGCUCCAGAAGUAAGCCUGGUCAUCGUUCAAGUCAGAGUCACAAUGAUGACGCUGAAUCAUACACCAAGGGAACCCACAUGGCUCGGAGGCCUAUAUAAUCAACACUGGGUCCGUUGUAAGGAGACUCAGCUGAAUAUGAAGAAGUCACCCACGUACUACACACCUCUGUCUUGUCAGAUCAUCUUCAUACACCCAAACGCGCAUGGCCUUAGUACCAUUAUCUCUCCUAUCACCAUACUUCGAGCAUAGCUGAUUUGAGACAGAACUGCUUCUCGCUAUGUGCCAACAAAUCCAGCCUACCACUAAGCACAUUUGCGACCAUACGAUCGACGAGGAAAGCUACCUCAUAGAAUUCGAGGAUUGCGGCGAUUGUGGCGAGGUGAAAGAGGGCCCAACAUACCUCGGAGCGACUACAAAGAGAGACCCAUGCGAUGACUGCAAGGAGACGGUUUCGUGGGUCUAUCAAAUAGACGACGAGAUUGCGCUCAAGUUCCCGCGGCAAAAAAAGCUACGUGAGUUCGUUCACGAAAACAGUAUCUACGACAAGUUCGAGAGCCAUCAUAGCCCAUGCCCACACAUUAUACAAAGCUUUUAUCGCAUGGAAGUGGCCAAUUUCCUUCAAUUUCUUCCCCAUGGUUCCCUUCACGAUCGACUUCAAAGUAACCAGACAAGGGAUGGAGACAGGGUCAUUUCGGUCGACCGAUUUGAAGACAGGCGAUUGAGCGAGCGCUGGGCCGCGGAGCUUUGUGCUGCCAAUGCCUGGCUAGAGGCUUUGGGAGUAGUCCAUGGAGACCUGCGGCCAGCGAACAUGCUGCUUGAUCAGCAGAAUCACUUGAAGUUGGCAGACUUUGAUAGUGUUGCCAGCAUUGGACAGAAGUCCCUUGGAAGUGCAUCACCAUGGGCACGGCUUCGACCGGAAUCGAAAGCGGGAGGAUACGGGCUGUAUGGCCCAGAGAGUGAGCAAUUCGCUAUUGGGUCUAUGGUUUAUUACAUGGUGCGAGGUUUCGAGCCGUACGGGGGCCCUGAACAAAAUGAUUGGGCGGCUGGCGUCGCUGUUGAUCUUUGGAAGAAUCAACAAUACCCCGAUAUCCGAGAAGACGAUCCGUUGGAAAGGCUGGCUUUGAAUUGCUGGAGAGGCUCGUUCGUGUCCAUACACUGCUUAAAGGAGGCCGUGAUGGACGUACCGGGAUCUCAGGAUAUGGCAGAAGCGGCUAAUUGGACGGCAGAAUACGGCUUGGAGAUGAGACAGAAAUGUGAAGCGUUGUUGGGUCAAGUAGCGCAGUCAAGAGCGUGA